AUGGCUGCCGUCUUAUAUAUCAAUUGUCAUGAUAUACUGAUACUAUUAGAUUGGGCUUUGCCUAUCGAAUUUGAUACACGGGGGACCAACAACUGGGGUACUGGUUUACUCAUGAGCAUUUCGAUAGCAAUCUUUGCCUACACCGGAGUUGAAGUUAUUGCUGCCUCUGCCCUGGAGGCAAAAUGGCCACAUCGCGCGGAUGAAACGCCGACGUCGUCAGCCAUGCUUCGACGCGGGCUGCUUGCAAUAUUGGAUAAAGAGCGGAACAGUUGCGCUCUUCCUAGGCUCAGUUGGCUUUCAGUGGAUUCGGAGGCUGGGCGCAGAAAGCCUUCAAACUUUUCCAGUAUUUCUCGACAUCGCGGUUAUCUCGAACGCGAAAAUAUCCCUCACGUCCAACGCUGGAGUGAGGAGGAUCGUGAUGGCUAUCCGUAUCGCAGCCAUACACAGCCAUUGACGGCCUCUCUCGCCUUGUUGGGCUGUAUUUUUGUCUCGUUGGUCGCAAACGGUGCUGCAUUGUGGAAUAAAUUCCAUCUUUUACCAUUCUUAUCAUCGUACCUAGCGGUUAUUGUUUUCGUGGGCCUAUGGGUAUUGUUGAAGAUCAUGCGGGGCGCAAAUUGGCCUUUGGUUGAUCUCUCGCAACCUGACAAAGUCGCUAGGAUAUCCAGGCAUCUACAUGACAUCCGCUUGAGUUACUUUGAAUCCUUCUUGGCAAUCUUCCUCGAUGGCGCAAUAGCAUUAUCAAAACCGUCGUAA